AGAGAGAUUGGCGGAGGGAAGGGGGCGGGCGGGAGAGGGAGACAGGUAGAGUCUGAGCAGGGGCGGGGAGGGGAAGCGUAGUCGCGGCUUCUCGCCGGGACACAUUAAAGAAGGUCAACGAGAAGAUGUGAUGGAUUGCUGAUGGUCGUCUCUCCUCUCCGUCAUCCAAUUGCACGCGCAGAAGCAGGUGGUGUCCAGCCUACUACAAGCAUUCCCGUCUACCAUCUGCACGCGCCGCGCCUUGCCAUCCGCCGCCGGAUUUUACGCGCCGUAGAAGGAAGAAAGAGACGUCAUGAUCAAUGAGACGCCGAGCGUCUUUUUAUUGCAGCGCGCGCCGACGCCGAUGUGCUCGUGUUCCCGGGAUCGCAUUUAAGGCCAAAUGACUUGAACCGGUCAUCGCACGCGAGGUUGUAACUACAGCUCCAAAGAUCAUUGUUGCAAACCAUGGCUGACCAGUACAGUAUGUUUCUCACCACCGCACCCCCCCUGCGACGAGGAAGCACACCCCUUCCCGUCAAGCACCAGCUGCGGAGAGAAGAGGCCGUGUCCGACGACUGCGAUUGGAUCCCGGGAUUGGAGGAACCUGCCACCUUGCCGAUCAGUGACACAACAUCGCCCGGCGAUGAAUCGUUCGGUCAAACGCCGGCCGGCCAGUCCGCUUACCACAGUCAGGGAGGGGCACUGAAGAUUGUGCUACUGGGACAGAACGGCGUGGGCAAGUCGUCACUGGCCUUGUCGCUGGCCGGCCAGUCGGACAGAUCGCUCUCCGUCGACUCCGAGACCCAAGCAUGCGGCGAGGGCUACGAGUGCACGGUCACAAUUGAUGACGAGGACAGCAAAAUCAUCGUUUUUGACAAUUGGAAACAGGACCUGUGCACUCUGCGGUGCGAUGUAUGCAUCCUGGUCUUCUCCGUGACUGACAGGCGAAGUUUCCAUCGCACCGCGCAGCUCCGCCUUCUCCUCAGGGAGUCCCAGCCUCACACGCCAAUCAUCCUCGUGGGCAACAAGAGCGACCUUGUUCGCUCUCGUGAAAUCAGCACUGAGGAGGCCCAAUCCAGCGCCAUGAUGUUCGACUGCCACUACCUGGAGCUCUCGGCCUCACUGGAACACGGCACCAACGAGCUGCUGGAGGCGGCCGUCCGGGCCGCCAGGGGCGACUGCGUCGGACCCGCCUGGGCGGACGGCGACCCCGCUUCGGGCCGCCGGGAAAGCUUGACCAGUCGGGCCAAACGGUUUCUGGCGGGCCUCGUGCCGCGCUCUUACGGGCGAGAGCGUGACAGAGGACGCUAUCGGGAGAUGAGCCGCCACCGGGGCAGCAAGAUCCUUCGCCAGAAGUCUCGCUCCUGCCACGACCUCAGCGCACUGUGACAUACAGACAAGGAGACCGGCUCAAGACACACUUCAACACAUUUAUAUAUACACACACACACACACACACACACACACACACAUGCACGCACACCAGUCAUGCCGGAGGGGGAGGUGUGAAAUGUGAACUGGAAGAAGAUACACAGGAGCAGGAAUGACAGGGAGAUAGAAAAGGCGCAAAUGGCUGCACAUGCUCUCUCAGGCUGAAGCUUUGUGGCCCCGCGUGCUGAACGUCCUUCAAAUAAGCCAUUUGGAGAUAAAGCAUUUGAUUUGAGCGGCGACUGAUGGGGGGGCUCCAAAAGAGUACGCAGCGGGGGCUGGAUCGAUUUCAUGGAAGACUCGUAACCUUGAACCCUCGCAUACAAAACCCCCGAAUCAGAAAGGCAACACGCUGGAAUGAGUUCAGAUCCAAACAAUAACACCGUCGGGAUUCACUUUGACCUCAAGAAAAAUAGCACAUUUCAUUUUUCACCUCAGGAGUGGACAUUUUGAAGCCGAUAUUUUCUCUUUUUUUUUUUUUUAUUCAGUUGACUGGAUCUCUUUGAGAGCGCGACCGUGUAUUCGCUUGCAAAUAAUCAGGGAUUGAAGACGUGUGGUGAAGUACCUCCGGCGUGAUGACUUUUUGUUCUUUUCUUGAGGAGUGCAGCCACGCGGGGUCUUUACAGUCUUUCUUGUUUUGAAUACACGGCACUUCUUCUCUCCCGACUUUUUCCGAUGUGAUGAAGGAUGAAACUAAAUCACCACUGCCACAUCCCACCUGCUCUUUCUACCUGUUGGGAGAUGCGAAUGGAAGGACAUGAAAAGGACAGACAGGCGGAGGGAGGGAAGUCACAAAGAGACACACUCAAGUAGCACGCACCGAUGAUGCAGACUGAUUAGCGAGCUCACGUCAACGUUUUGUGGAUCCUGUUUUAGAGCAUGCCCAGUAGACGGCUGGCCCUGGAGGUUGAUGGGUUGGACUGGACCUCGCUGGCCAAUAGGUAACGCACAAUCUAGCUAGUAAAACUAUCGCAAAUGCAAGACCCUUUAUUUCACCUCCUUAGCCGUUGAUGCAUUUUUUUUUUCGCCCCUCUCGACAUCCUCUCUUUCUCUUCCUGAGUGUUUAGCUCUCAUGGUUGCCCAAGCCAUAUGAUUGCACCAUAAGCAAAUCAGCACCGAGAACCCUUUACUGCAAGAAGCGGAGUCAAGAAGGCUUUUAGGGAAUGAAUAAUAGUGAGGUUUGGGGUCAAAGGUGACUCGGAACAUUUAGCUUGAUCACAGAAAGAAAGAAAGAAAAAAAAGAACAAAUCCAAACUCCCUGUCGACGUUUCAUUUCGGUCAUGUUUCUCGCUCCAUCCGCUGGCAUUAUUGUGAUGUCUGCUCAGGCUGAAUACUGUGGGGGGGCAGCGGCGCAGGUGAGCAGACGAGGCCGUUCUGGAAAAGAGAUCUCACGAGAGGGGCCGUCACCGACACGGGCCCGCUUGUUGGUCACACUCGGCUAAGCACUCACAUGGCUUUCCACUGAAUAAACUUUGCUUUGACGUCC